CCUCAUAUGCGGUGAAUUUCACCACUGUAACACCAUCAGUGAUGGCAGCAGUGCAGUUGACAUGCUUGACGAGAGGGUGAGCCUCCCCCUUGUCAAAUAACCAGGUUGGCACUGAGGUCUUUUUGUGCAGGGCAACCACUUUCACUUUGAGCGGUGGGAAACUUUGGUGAGUUGGUGUGUCCUUGGAAAAAAUUUUAUGCAGAGACAUCCUGAAAAAAAGAGAAAAACUGUGUCAAUGGCCAUCCAAAUGCUCAUUAGACAUGUACAAGUAACUUGAAUCAGAAAUCACAUUUAAAUACAUUUUUCCUGUUAAACUGAGCAGGGCUGAAGAAUUGUACCCAGAAGAAAUAAUACAGACUGUAGUUACUAUCCCCGAUCAAUAGCUGGCGGUAGUGCGGCGGCAAGCUAUUUGCUGAGCGCAAAUAGCAGCGGAAGAAAGUAAAGAUACAAACAUCCGGUCCAGGAGGAGUACACGCAAGCAUGGCGGCCGGGGCCGGUGUUUUGUGAAACUCCGUGAGAGGAUAUAUUUACAAACUAUUCUAAUGCGGGGACAGAGUUAAAACGUUCAGAUGAUUGCACGCUGCAGCUAACGAUCGAAUAACAUAGGCCUCUUACAGAGUGUGAACCGACUGGUGUUAACGUAGUUUUGUACUAGACCCGUUGCUGCUAGUAGCAUAACCGUUAUCUGCUAACUUUAGCAUUAUCUAUAGAUACAGAAUCGCAUUAGCUGUAGAUAUCGUUUCAUAACGUUAUUGUGGUAACGCAGUUGACCACAAUAACAUUAUUGAUGCAGAUAUAAUUGUAACGGUAUUCAUAAUAGUUAUUGUGCUCACGCUGUUGACUUAGGCGGUGAGACCCACGGAGGGUCUAUAAUGUAAGGUUAAUUGAAACACCCUUACACCCUCAACGGCCAUAAGCGGUCGGCCGUUGAGGGUCUCUCGCGGCCGGCCGUUGUCAUCUAUACAGGCCGCAGUUUUAACACCCGUAAGUCAUUACAGUUACUCAAUAUUCCGUUAAAUUGAAUGUGACAGAUGCAUUCAGAGAUGAAGAUUCGCUAUUAUGGUCAAAAUAAAAUGAAUUGUAACCUGGAAGUAAGACGCCAUGAAACACUAAUGGUUUUUAACUUUAAUUCAUGUUUACUUUAGUUGAAGCUACUGUUAAGUAGUUUAGACUUGCUGUAGUGAACGAAGUGACCGUUAUCAGCCAACGGACAUAUCGGUUAACAUUUAGGUAAUUGAAUCUGUAAGCAUCGUUACUAGCAAUUGUAUGAAAAACAAUAAAAAGUACAGAAAAAAAUGAGAUAACGUUGGGCCAAAUGCCUCUAUGUCAUUAUCUGGCAUUUGAUAGUUCGGACAGCGCUUCUGAAGUAGCUACAAGUCAGCGGCUACAAGUCAGCUGUACAUUUGCGUUAUGGCCCGGAUUUCCCCACACCAACAUUGACAUAGCGAAAACAAGACGGAGUUAUAUGAAGGAAUUCGUGACAGAAACUGCUCAAAAAUGUUAAAUACCGGCGAGAAGUAGGUUACUCACCUGGCAGGUACGUAGUACUCUCAAAAUAACCGAGUCUAGCAGUUGUUUCUCCGCUUCAAGUGGCUGGACGACCGCUGGACAACCGCUGGACUACCGCUGGACAACCUCAACGGCUGGCCUCGAGAGAUCCUCAACGGCCGGCCGCGAGAGAUCCUCAACGGCCGGCCGCGAGAGACCCUCAACGGCCGGCCGCGAGAGACCCCGGCCGUUGCGGGUCUCUCGCGGACGGCCGUUGAGGAUCUCUCGCGGCCGGCCGUUGUCAUCUAUACAGGCCGCAGUUUUAACACCCGUAAGUCAUUACAGUUACUCAAUAUUCCGUUAAAUUGAAUGUGACAGAUGCAUUCAGAGGUGAAGAUUCGCUAUUAUGGUCAAAAUAAAAUGAAUUGUAACCUGGAAGUGAGACGCCAUGAAACACUAAUGGUUUUUAACUUUAAUUCAUGUUUACUUUAGUACAGUCAUCCACAUUAUUAAAUUCAUGACACCCACCAUCAGUCUUUAUGGCAGGUGCUGCUUAGAGAGAGUCAUAUUUUCCGUCCUGGUCAAUAUGACCCCUCUCAAAGCAGCACCUGCCAUAAGAAUCAGGUAAGUAUGUUAUUUAUGGUACACACUUGAGCUGCAUGACUGUUCAAUUUAAAUGUCUACAGCGAUGUGUUUAGAGUGUUUCUCUGUUUAUUGGUCUCUCCUUUGAUGUCCUGAAACCUGACAAUUUGGGUGGGCUGGGCACACCUUGAAUUUAUCUCCUCCUCAAGACAAGCUAGGGCAUGGACAGGGGAGGUGUGAUACAUUGUGGUGUUGUGUUGAGACAACAUUGACCACCUCCUAUCAAACUUUUACAUGCCACAAUUUUUGUUUUAUGUAGCUACAUCCUUCUGUUGCUUUGUGUGCCAGGUUACUUAUUUCCUAUUCCUGUGAACUAAAUUCAUAUUCUUCCAAUAUUGUUUUCCGAUUCUCAUCUUUCAUCCCGUUAAUAUCCAGCAACAUUCCUGCAACAUGCCACUGAGCCUCUCAAGGCCUAAGCCUCAAGUCCGAGAAGGAGGUGCUGUUCUGAGGAGCAAAACAACUUGCAUCUCCUCACCUUCUGAACACUGAACGGGUGAGUGUCCUUCUCCAGUCAUCACACCAAUUGUUUAUAUUUUGCUUUUGGUUAGCUGUGUCACCAUUGUCACACCCCUGUCAUCUCUCCCCUCUUCAGAUCCAGCUCAGUGUGAGCCAAAGAACCAAGCGUUGGGAAAAGAGCAGGCAUGUGAGCCCCGCCGUCAUUGUGUGUAUAAAUGUAUGUGUGUCUGUGUGUUUCAAUGUAACAUUACAGAUAGAUGGAUAGAUAGAUAUACUUUAUUGAUCCCAAACUGGGAAAUUUUUUUAACAGAGAAUUACUGGGUGUAAUUUCAGAAAGAAUUGUUCUUGCUGAAUUUACUGUCACACUGAUGAAGCUUCAGCUUGAGUUCAAUCAGGAACACCGUAAUCGCUGUCACAGAUGCUCAAGUGUCUUUUCCACUCACACACCUACUCACUUUUCCUGUUGUCAUCACUCAGAGUAGUCAUUGGCAAAUCAACCAUUCACCACUGUCUUUCCUUAUCCAAUAGCAUGGUAGCACACCCUCACAGUCAGCCUAUCCCUGUUGUGCACUCAUUUUAAAAAUGAAUUUCCUCUUUGCCUCUAGUUCUUUCUUGCCGCUGGUUUGUGUGCAGCAACCUCCACCUCCCCAUCUCCACCCGAUCCCAGCAGAAUCAGCAGCGCCAUGAUUCACCCAUUCGUUUCCGGCAGCCAUCAGCCACCACCACAAGCUUCAGGACUCCGUUGGGGGAUUUUCUUGCCGCCACAAUGGCCCAAUGCCGCCAUUGGGCCAGAACGUUAAAAACUGUCUGUCACAAGCAUUAUUCUAGUAAUUGUCAAAUAAAGUUUCUAAUUUUAAAUGUCUCUCCUGGUUGAAGUAUUGGUUAUGGCUGACUGUUGAAGAAAUUUUGAAAUAUCAGAAAGUUCUCAUAAAUUUUCAGAAGUUGAAAUCUGUGUGAAGGAACUAAAUGAGGCAUGGUAUAUGAGCAGUUGUCAGUUCUUGGCGCAGGUAAAGGCACCUGCUUAUCCACUCCACUCCCCCAGCCUAGGCUUAACGUGAAGAGUGAACACAAAGACGGGUAGCAGCAGCACUGCACAGCAGCAUCAUGCAUGUCUCCUCCCCUGCCCCAUAGGUGGUGUAACAUACAAAACAAAAAAACAUAGCAUUUCAUACAAUAUUGUGAUGACCAUGUUUUUUGAGUAGACUACACGGUGAGAAAUAAACCAUUUGAUUGACAAGUUAAUGUCUGUAAAAAACAGACAUUAACUUGUGUGCCUGUGCGUUGCAUUGCAAUGGGAAAUUGUACUUCUCAACUCAGAACACACACACGUACGUACGUAAAGAAACGUCCCUCUUUCGAAAUUCCGAGUGUCCUUGAACGCACCUCGACUACAAACGGCUGAACGUGACAGCCCCAAAGAUGGUGUAACAUACAGAAAAAAAACAGCAUUUCAUACAAUAUUGUAACGACCAUGUUUAUUUAGUAGACUACAUGGUAAGAAAUAAACCAUUUGUUUGAUUAAUGAGCCAGGGGUACCGAGACAUCGGUUAAAACAGACAUUAACUUGUGUGCCUGUGCGUUGCAUUGCAGUGGGAAAUUGUAUUUCUCAACUCAGAACAUACACACGUACGUACGUAAAUAAACGUCCCUCGUUCGAAAUUCCGAGUGUCACUGAACGCACCUCGACUACAAACGGCCGAACGUGACAGCUGUUUAAUUACUUCUGACUCCGGACUUUGAGGUAAGCGGCAGCACCUGAACCACUGUUCCUCCAUAAAAUCUUGAAUUCACCGGUUUAGCACAUCGGAUCAGUGUUUGAACUCCCGUGAUAAAUCUCAUUAAGUUUACACAUUACAGAAAGCCUUAGCAGAGUCUGUUUGAAAUUAAUUUGACCUGUUUCAUCCAAGCUAACUAACGAAAGUUAGCAACUGACAACGGUGGAUGACUUUAACUGAAAUAGUCUCAAUGUCUCUUGUCCCUUAAAUAUUAAACCCUGUCUGUUUUACUCUCUGUGGGAUGCUGAGGCAUUAUUGUGAUAUUGUUGUAAUAAAAGGCAAAAAAAAAAAAAAAAGGGACAACAUUUGCAUUGUAACGGUUUUAACAGCAACCAGCGGUUAGCUAACGGCUAGCUAAUUAGCGUCGAUGCUCUGUGGCUCUGGUUGUACCAGCAACUAGCUGUCAGCUCUUAGCAAAUUCUCAUAUUUCCAUAACACGAAAAUCUUAAAAAGGCGCAAUUGCCUCCUUUGCUCUAAUGCUUGUGUCUACAUUAUCUGUUGGCUAGUCACUUUAGCUUUUUAUCAGCAAUGGUGCCAACUCAGGCAAGUGACCUUGGUUAAGUGAAAUGUCUAUAACUGACAUUAGCCAGCUCAUGCUUGUAUAGACCUUUUUAUGAGCAGCCUUUUUGAGAUGAAAUAAUCAUUAAAACCACCUGUAGGUAAUAAUGUGACACAGUUACAGGGUCUUAAUUAAUACUAAAAAUUGUAACACCUGUGUUCAUUUUACACCAGACCACACAGAAUGGAUGCUGUGUGGUCUGAUCUGUUUAAAUUACUAGUAAUGUGAGUUUUUGUUUGUUGUGUAGACUGUUCAGGUAAAAUGUGUGAUAUUUUGUACAGUGUAGAUGCACAAAAAUUUUCCAGCCUUUUAGAGUGGGACACAUACAGAAAGGAUGACACUGACAUGCUGUCUGCUCUUUUAGACGGAGAGAGGUUCCAGCGCUUGUUUGGUGAGUACCGGAAAUUAAAACCUAAAGUAAAAUUGAGAGCAGAGUUUAUCACUUGUGUAUGGCUGAAUACUGUGUCACUCCCUGAUAUCCCAAAAUGUUUUUCUAAUGAGAGCCGAACAUAAGAAACAUAAUGUUAUACCCUUGUUAUGUGUUUUAUUUUGAUCAAAUCCACAUAUUUGCUCUAAAAUUCUGAUUCAGAGUAGAAUCAAGUUGUGCUCAUUUCACAGAAUUGUCACGGCUGUGGUUAAAGUCUGACCUUUUCAAUUAACGCUGUUUAAGGUUUUGUGUCCCAGAUAAAAUUGACGUAAAAUUGUGUCCCAGACUUUAAAAGUUGUUCAUUUUAGUAUAAAAUUCACAGUGUGUGUGUGUGUGUGUGUGUGAACGCUUCUUGCCCUAGGGCACAUAAGGUCCCAUAGCGUGCUCAGAAAGAGAAAUUUUGGUACCAAAAAGAUUUAUUUUUGAGAGAGAACCAGGUGCUUUGUCAAACUUGUACUGCUGUAAUGUCAUAGCUUGACCUGAAUGUUAAUAAAUUUUACUUUUUAACUUAACCAAGCACCACACCCUCUUUACCUUGAAAGAAGAGAGUUGAUUGGUGAAAUCAUUUAAGCAUGGGCUUAGGCUUCAAAAAUUUCAAUCUGGUCACAUAGAUGAACACAGCUAAAUGUAGUAAUUACUGUAAAUCUCGUAUGGUAUAAUUCUGCAAAAGGUAACGAUGAUUUUUCUCUUUUGUGGUCCUUGGUCUGCAGAAGAAGAGUACCAGUUUCCAGGUUCCAGUUUCCAGGUUCCAGUAGAUCGUCCUGUUUGUCCCUCCCCUAACCCCCAACCCCUCUAUCAUCCGUCCUGCUCUGUCUGUUGUCUCUGCCUUCUUUCUCUCUCCCUAAGUUUCAUCUCUCAGGUUGGUUGAUACUCCCAACCUAUUACAAACGCUUGGUUGAUACUCCCAAGCACCCCUUGAACACGCCUGGUUGAUUCUCCCAGGCACCCCUUCCACACGCUUGGUUGAUUCUCCCAAGCAACACUUGCACAAGCUUGGUUGAUUCUCCCAGGCACCCCUUCCACACGCUUGGUUGAUUCUCCCAAGCACCUUUGAAAGAAAUCUCUGUGUUCUCUGAAAUCUGUGCCACCACAACUACCACUACCACUACCACUACCACUACUACCAGUACUGCUACCACUACUACUACUUACAGACUACGACCAAUUACCUCCAGGAACAAUGCCACGCAAAGGAAAGAGAUCCAACGCCAAGAAGCUACACUGGCAGAAAUUUCCUGAGUCCCGAGUACCUGAUCAACGGGUGGUGAGUCCUCAUCCUUACAACAGCGGACAGGUAAAUACCCCUGAUUUUUCUAAUGCUAAUGUCACACGUGUGUUGGCUUCCCGCAGUCAGGGGCAUGAUACAUACGCUGAUUCAAAGAACAGUCAAUGCUCCUGCAACUGUGCUACUUUCCUGGCCUUUCUGCAUGAGUUAGGACAACUCCACACUGCUGAUCUUGAUCUUGUUUUGGACAGAGGCCAUGCAAUGUAUGCUCUAACUCUCGGUCAGUUGGAUGUUGAUGGUCAAAAAGUUGAUAGAUUCUUAAAUAUAGACGAACUUCCACCAAUCGUUGUUGGUGACAGACAACAGCACAUAAUGACAAAGUGUCAGUCAAUCAGUGGUGUCUUUACAGCUCCUACCUUGCUAAACAACAACCUUGCAGAUGUACUUCAGUGCUUGUCCGCAGAGGUGAACUACGCAUUGUUGAUAAUGAGUUCAAUGUACAUUGCUGUUUUCCGAGACCAACGCGGGCAGUAUGGCUAUUUUGACCCACACUCUCGACAGCCUGAUGGCUUUCCUGCUGGCUUUGGUUUUGGCACAGCUGUCGUCUUUAUUUUCACAUAUUUAAAUGAUCUGAUCACAAAGCUUGUGACGUUAUUCCGUGCAGUUGGCUCCGGUCCAAAUUCUUAUUUUGAGCUGACACCUGUGCUCUUUCAGACUGUGGAUGAGCCCUCAGUGGAAGGAAAUUUGCCACAUGUUGAGUCUAAUGCAGAUGUUGUUCCAAUAGAAGGGCAGCAAGAACCGCAUGUCCAGUCUACCCCAGGCUAAAUCUGAGAUAAAAAUACAAUCUAACAGUCACACUCUGCCAAGAACGUCAAGACGUAAUAAACAGGAGAGGAAGAAGUUGAAAAGAAGAGCUCAAAAGGGGAAGACAAAAGUUGCAAUUGACAAAAAUGAAAAACAGCGAGAACGAUAUGCCAAGGACAGAUCAUACCAGCAAUGUAAAAGGUCUUAUAUGGCUAAUCGGUACAGACAGGAUCCAGAGUUAAAACAGAGGAAGAAGUCCUACAUCAAACGUCGCUACGAAAAUGACACAGAGUUCAAACAGAGACAAAGAUCUUACAUCAACCGCCGAUACUCAGAUGACUCAGAGUUUAAACAGAGACAAAGGUCUUACAUCAAACGUCGCUACAAAAAUGACACGCAGUUUAAACAGAGACAAAGGUCUUACAUCAACCGCCGAUACACGGAUGAUGCAGAGUUUAAACGGAGACAAAGGUCUUACAUCAACCGCCGAUACACGGAUGAUGCAGAGUUUAAACGGAGACAAAGGUCUUACAUCAACCGCCGAUACUCAGAUGAUGCAAAGUUUAAACAGAGACAAAUGUUGUACAUAACACACCGCUAUUGCCAGGACUUGGCAUUCAGAACUAAACAAAGGCAGUAUAUCACAAAGCGUUACGCAAAUGAUCCUGCAUUCAGAAUGAGGCACAAACAAACUAUGAGACAGCUAAUGAGAGACAAAUACAGAAACAACCUUGUAACCAGACUGACCAACAGCAUGCGGUGUGCAAUUAAGAUUAGACAAAAAUACAGACAUAUUAAUAGACAGCAAAUCGACAUGGAUGACAGUCAGAUUAAAGAAGCCAUAGAGAUUUUCAGAUCACACGUAAAAGAUGGACCCACAUAUGUCUGCACAGUUUGUCACAGGGCACUGUUUCCGAAUCAAGUGCGACCCUGCAAUCGGUCAAAAUAUGACAAAGAGCCACAUGUUGUUGCAGCUUGCCUCACUGGUGCAUAUGUUCAUGUCUGCAGUGAUGAAUGCGAAAAUUUACAACAGUGCACCGUACCAGAGGAGCGAAAGAAAGAGUGGAUUUGUUACACAUGCCAUGAUCACCUUAAGGCUGGUGGGAUGCCUCCCCUCGCAACGGCUAAUAAUUUACAGCUUGCUGAUAUUCCAGAUGAACUGUGUGAUUUGAACAUUUUGGAACGUCAUCUCGUAGCUAAAAGCAUACCGUUUGCUAAAAUUAUUCCACUGCCCAAAGGUCAACAAAGAGCUAUUCGUGGAAAUGUUGUGUGUGUUCCAUCUGAAGUACAGGAAACUGUAAAUGCUUUGCCCAGACUAAGGAGUGAAUCUCAGGUCCUGAGAGUGAAGCUGAAGAGACGACUGUGCUACAAAGGUCAUCAGCUGUUCCAAACUGUGGCCUGGCCAAAGUUGGUGAGAGCUCUGCUCAAGCUGAAAGAAAUCCAUCCCCAGUAUAAAGACAUAACAGUCAGAGAUGAAGCUGAGUUAUGUGACCCUACUCUCCCUGAUAAUGAAGACAGCGACAGUGAUGAGGAUGACAGAAUGGAUGAUGAUGAUUACGAUGAGGAAGAUUUGAUGGAGAUUGACCGUAUUGAGAAAAAUGCACUCUGUGAGGCAGAAAGCAUUCCCGAAAACGAUGAACAACAAAUGGAAAAUCGGUCAGGUAAUAAUGGCUGUGAGCCAGAGAAACAGUCUGAUAGCUUGGAGGGUGAUGAACCAAACGGUGGUGUUGUCCUUGAAUCAUGUCUGCAGCCAAGUGAUGUGUCAGAGGAUAUUUUGAGUUUUAGUGAGGGAAUAUACUCUGUUGCCCCCGCUGAAGGAAAAAAACCGUCAAGCUUUUUCAGAACACCUAAACUUGAGGCGAUGGCUUUCCCAGUUCAGUUUCCCACUGGUGAAAAUACACUGGAUGAUAACAGGCCACUGAAAUUAACACCCUGCAGUUACUUCAAAACGAGGCUUUGCUGUGUCGAUGGCCGUUUCGCAAAAGAUACUAACUACUUGUUUUUUGCUCAAUUUGUGACAGAAAUACAUAUGGCCACUUCCAGCAUGAGAAUACAACUGCGUAAAGGCAAACCUUUUACUCGAGAUGGCCGCAAAAUCACAAAUGCCAUGUUGCAAAACAAACGAGAAGUCGAAAGGCUAGUGCGGAACAAAGAUGCAAUAAGAUUCAUGACACCGCUGAGAGGCACCCCGGCGUAUUGGCAGAAAACAACUAAAGACUUGUUUGCGAUGAUUCGGGCUUUAGGCUCGCCACAAUUCUUCUUGACUUUCAGUGCCGCAGAAAUGCGUUGGAAAUGGGUUAUCACAGCAAUUAAAGCCCAGCAAGGUGAACACGUGAAUUUUGAAGAGCUGGAUUGGUCCUCCAAGUGUGAGAUUUUGCGAAGUAAUCCUGUCACCACAAUGCGCAUGUUUGACAAACGUGUCGAGGCACUGUUCAGAGAUCUGAUCCUGUCCCCCGCACAACCUAUCGGCAAAGUCGUCGACUACUUUUACCGACUCGAGUUUCAGCACAGAGGAAGCCCGCACAUUCACGGUAUGGUAUGGGUGGCAGGCGCACCUGUGUUUGAAGAAUGCUCUGAUGAGGAGGUGUGUAAGUUUGUGGCCAGAUUCAUCAAAGCUGAGCUGCCCGAUGAAAACAAGGACCCAGAACUGUACAAAAUAGUCACAGAAGUUCAGAUGCACAGCAAAAACCACUCCAAGACAUGUGUGAAAUACAGUGGUGCAAACUGUCGUUUCGGAUUUCCCAAACAACCUGUCCCAAAAACCACAAUAAUCAGACCGGGGGCAAUUGUGGAUGAAGCAACAGACCUGGCAUUGACAGAAAAGCUUGCAACACUUAACAGACUUCUUCAUGAACCUACUACUGCAUCGCUCAGCUUUGAACAGCUUUUGGCAAAAUGUGAGUUCACCAAAGAAGAAUACCACAGGUGUUUGCAGAGCAAAACCAACGGCAGUCAAGUGAUGCUGAAGCGUGGUCCCAAAGAUGUUUGGGUAAAUGGCUACAACCCUUACCUUCUGAAAGCCUGGAAUGCCAACAUGGAUAUCCAAUUCAUUCUCAACCCCUACUCCUGUAUCAUGUACAUGUGCAGCUACAUCAGCAAGGCGGAACAUGGUCUGAGUGAAUAUCUCAAAACGGUGAUACAAAACUCACGUCAGGAAGAUGUCAACGAGAGCGAUGAAAUGAAACAAAUAAUGCAGGCCUACUCCAAAAAAAGAGAGGUAAGCGCUCAGGAGUGUGUGGCUCGUGCAUGCAGUCUACACAUGAAGCAGUGUUCACGCAGCGUGGUGUUUGUGCAGACGGAUGACAACGCACUGAAAAUGAGUUACCCCUUGUCACACCUGGACAACAAACCUUCAGAAUCGGAACAUGUGUGGAUGACAGGGUUACCUGAUAAGUAUGUAUGCAGACCAGAAACACCAGACUUUGAGGCAAUGUGCUUGGCGGAUUUUGCAUCGAGCUGCAGAAUAGUCUACGGCAAGCAGACAAAAGGCAAAAAUACUCAUCGCCUGCUGAAUGAGAUGGGGUUUGUCCAGAAGAGAGCAAAUGAUGAAAAACAUGCUGUCAUCAAAUAUCGACCCAUUUCCCUUGAGAAAGAUCCAGAGCUGUAUUAUGGCACAUUGCUUAAACUGUACGUGCCUUAUCGCUCAGAAAACCAGCUGAAAUCCACCCACUUCCCAACUUACCAGUCCGUCCAUGACCAUGCAGCUGUUUGGUUACCUGGAUCACAGCAUCCCGAGCGCGUGAAGGCAAUUGUGAAACGCAACAGAGAAAAACAUGAGAAACACCGUGAGGACAUUGACAGUGCCAUUCAAGAGUUUGAAGAAAACGGGAUGUUACGAAACGAAUGGGGCAACCUGGCGCCUGAGAGUGAGAUCGAACGGCUCGAGUGCAUAGAUGAACUCAAUGAAAGAGAAGCAGAUGAGGACGUGCAGGAGAAUGUUCCAGACUAUAAUGUGAGGUCAGACGUGAGGCAAGAAUCUGCAGUCACGAUCGAAGCCCCUGAAAUUGAUCCUGUGGUGCUGCGUGAGAUGUACCAGAACUUGAACCAAACGCAAGCUUCAGUUUUCCACACCAUCCGGGAAUGGUGCUUGAAAUGUGUUUGUGGUUCAAAACCAGAGCAGUUCUUCUUGUACAUUAAUGGUGGUGCCGGAACAGGUAAGUCUCAUCUAAUCAAAUGCAUCCAUGCAGAGGCAUCUAAAAUACUCAGAAGACUUCCAAGAAAUGCAGAGGAAGCAGACAUCUCUAAACCUACUGUUCUCUUGACUGCAUUCACUGGUACUGCAGCAUUCAACAUUUCAGGUACAACAUUGCAUUGUCUCUUGAAGCUGCCCAGAAGUCUCAAGCCUCCUUUCCAAGGUCUUGGUAACAAACUUGAUGAAGUCAGGGCAGAGCUUUCAAAUGCAGAGAUACUCAUUAUUGAUGAAGUCUCCAUGGUCUCCAAACAGCUCUUUGCCUACGUGGAUGCGAGACUGAAACAAAUCAAAGGAAGUCAGAGACCUUUUGGUGGAAUGUCAGUUCUCACUGUUGGAGAUUUCUACCAGCUACCACCUGUCAGACAGUCGAAACCUCUGUGUGUGUUCGACCCGACUCAGAUCGACCUCUGGCGUGACAACUUUCAGAUGGUCACACUGACCGAAAUCAUGCGUCAGAAAGAUGAUGUCACUUUUGCUGAGACGCUGAAUCGAAUCCGUGCCAAAGAAAAGACAGUGUCUUUGUCUCAUGAAGACAGAGUUCUGCUUUCACGGGCCUUAGCUGACCCGGCUCAAUGUCCAAAAGACGUACUGCAUGUUUUUGCGACAAACAAACAGGUUGAGGAACACAACUCAAAAACCUUGGACAUGUUUCACUCCGACGUCACCACAAUAGAUGCAGAUGACUACAAAAAAGAUCCAACCACCGGGAGAAUGACGAGACAAAGUGUACCUUUCCAAGGAAACAAAAAGGAGUUGCCUGACUCGAUAAAAUUGGCCAUCGGCGCUAAUGUCAUGAUCACCAGAAAUAUAAGUGUGCAGUCAGGUCUCUGCAAUGGAACAUUUGCACGCAUUGCAAAAAUUGUGACUAAAGCAGGAAAUCCGCAUGUUGAAAAACUCGGACUGAAACUGAACAGUCAAAGUGCAGCAGCCAGCGAAGCAGAUGUGGAUGAAAACAUCGUGUACAUUGACAGAGACGAGGAGAACCUUAAACAGACGGGAGUUGUCAGAAGACAGUUUCCCAUCAAGCUCGCUUUUGCGUGUACAAUACACAAAGUUCAAGGGAUGACAACUUCCUCGGUCGUGGUCUCACUGAAACACAUCUUUGAACCCGGCAUGGCCUACGUUGCUCUGAGCAGAGUGACCUCUCUGAGUGGACUCCACAUUCUAGACAUGGAUGAGAGGAAAAUCUAUUGCAACCCUGAAAUCACCGUAGCUCUUGAAAACAUGUCUAAAGCUUCACUUGAACAUGUCAUGCCUCUCCUCAAGAUCCCAGAAACAUUGAGCAGGCCAGACACUCUCACUGUCAUUCAUCACAACACAGAAGGACUACCAGCUCAUAUCAGCGACAUCAAAAGUCACCAUGAACUACAUCUUGCAGACGUGCUCUGUCUCACUGAAACUCAUCUGCGAGGAUCCUUUGUUGCUGAGAGUCUCCAUCUUGAAGGCUACAACAUGUUCAAACGUAACAGAAACGUGUCUUAUUCAAACCAUCCUGCCAUGGCCACUAAAAACGGUGGUGGAGUUGCCAUCUAUGUGAAAGAACACAUCAGAGUCCUUGAGAGACAUUUCAUUCAGAAUGCCACUGAUAUUGAGUUCAGUGUCAUCAAACUUGAAGCUCCUUUCAGGGCUCUAAUUGCUGCCGUCUACAGGCCUCCUGACUACGAUGUUCACUCAUUCAUAUCCAACCUCAGAAGUCUCUUGGAUUCACUGGAAGUCAUGGAUCAUCAUCCCAUCUUAGUCUGUGGAGAUUUUAAUGAAGAUUUGCUGUCCAGAGCAAGGAAGCCCAUUCUUGAACUGUUCCAGUCCAAAGGUUAUGAACAACUCAUAACUGCUGCAACCACAGAGAAGAACACGCUGCUUGACCCCAUUUUCAUCUCUUGCCCGCAGUCCUGUAUCCAUUCUGGCGUGCUGCGGACAUACUACAGUUACCACCACCCUGUCUACUGCGUGCUCACUUUAGAAACACCCUAAAAAGAACUGGCUGGUUUAAAAUCGAGAACUUGUUGCAAAGUUAAGGAAAAAAAAAAAUUAUUGCGUCCAUAACUGUCGGUUUACACGCUGCGAUUUAAGAGAAGAGUUUUAAUUAUUGGUUUCCUAUUCGAUCACCUAACGAAACGUUGUAAACAUAGUAUAUUUUAAAAUGGGGGGGGUCGUCCUCAGCAGCCAGGCUGUAACACCUGCUCUGGCUGCUCUAGCUUUUAAAAGGCUGGGAGGGAGGGAUGGUCAGACGGCCCUCCUAUACCAAAGAAAAACAUACCUGCAAAUACUUUCUAGUCACUGUACAAUGUGAGAUUAAAGACAAUAUAUGAAACUUUAAUACAUUUAUGAAAAAUACAGUGAAGUAAAAUGAUGCAAAGGUCAGUACAUUAUUAGUAGCAUUUAAAAAAAAAAAAAUUAAAAUAUACAGUGAGACAAAUUAAAAACAAGCUAAUUUAAAAGAAAUAAAAACUGCCACUGAAACUAUUAUGAACUAAUGAAAUAUUAUAAACAAAGUAUAUUUUAAGAUGAGGGGGUCGUCCUUAGCAGCCAGGUUGUAACACCUGCUCUGGCUGCUAUAGCUUUUAAAAGGCUGGGAGGGAGGGAUGGACCGACGACCCCCUCCUAUACCAAAUUAUAUAGAAAUACAUUUCUGCAAGUCGUUACUUUACGCUGUAUUAGAGUUGCCCAUUAUGUCCUGCCAUUUACUUUGAGUAGUGGCAGGAAGGUCUGAGGAUGCAUUACUGCUCCUCAUUUCUCUUGAACGACUUGGUGUGGGCGUAAGGUAAGAACAAUAUUGAUCUUUCAUGUAUACUAGCUGCAGGACUGCUCCAUUUUAAAUGUGAAAAUACACGUUGUUUUACUGGAUUUGUUUGUCUGAAUCUCUCUGUUCAUUUUUUUGGGUUUAGGCACCUGUGCCCUCCAGACACCAAAGAUGUGGGGUGAUGACACUAGAACUCCAGCUCUGUGCUCAGUGUGUCCCAAGGGCCUACCUUGGAGAGGGGAAGACACAUUUCAUCCUAAGAGAGCAUCAGGUCAGCCUAUGAUUUUGAUAUCAAGACAUUUGCACUCUGAGUUUGUUGCCUUUUACUGUUUGCGUUUGUUUCUGGUGGUCUAACAAAGGAGAUAAGGAUGAGCCUCUCUCAAAAGAACAUCCAUUGGUGAACCCUCUGUCUGACACUUGGUUGUAUUCACACCUUCCUGGGCUGAGAAGUUCGUCACCAAGUCUUUCACAGCCGUGUAAAUUUACGGGUAGGAGCUGCAGGUGCCACAGUGAGAAGAAACAAUUCUACCUGUAAAUUCCCUGAACAUGUGCAUGGUGAGUGACAGUACAGUUUAUUCCUUUUAAUCUAAGGCUGCCAAUAAUUUCUCAAUGAUGCUCCAUGGCAUUUUGAAGAAGUUCUUUUUGUCUGGUAGAGUGUCACAGUGGCAGCCCCACACUGGCAGAGCAGCGCCUGAGCAACAGUUCCAGAGUACUGCAGCUAGACAGCCCUGUCUAUCAACUUGAGGAGGACCCACACACAUUGUACGUUGACUUAAAUGUUGCAGUGUCUGUUUUCUGGUGUAUUUAAAUCGAUCUGUAAAAUUUCAUCUGGUUUCACAGUUUUUUCUCUCCUGUUCAGUGCUUCAGAGAGAGGUGAAGUUGGAUGUGCUGUGCAUGCGUCACCAUCCUGACAAGGGGUGCCGCCAUUGAUCUUGAACGGGACUCAAGCAUGUUGUGAGUCAACUGAACAGUUUAUUGAUCAUGAAGAGUUUUGUGACAUUUGCUAGAAAAGUUUAAAGGUAUUGAUAAUAAACGUAAAGUUUUGUCUGCCAGUGCUGUACAGGAAACCAAACCCUCUCCGUGUGUGACCGAUUAGCGGAGAGAACUUCUGAUCCAGGAUUGGACAAGUUGUUGCUCUCACAAUGCUGGACCUGGGUAUGUACUUGUCUUCAGCAGUCAUAUUAUUUCUUUGUGUUCAUCUGAUGUGACAACCUUCUCUCCUCUCUGUACAUCACAGAAGUCGACAUGAGCUGAAGAACUAGAAAAGUCCUGAAGAUCUUGUGACUGUGGCUUCUUAGAACCAAGCACUGAGUCUACAGCAGAGAAGGGUUCUGACCUGGGGAGCAACAGCUCUGAACUUCACCAAGUAUGUUUCAUCUUCAAAAUCUUUGACUUUUCCACACUACAACCAGCUGUGUAGGAUUUCAGUUUGUCGUCUGUAACACCGGUGUAAACUGUUGUCUUUUCCUCUCAACUCAUCACAGAACCAGCUCGACAUGAGCCACAGAGCCAAACCCAGCAACCAUGUGAUCUCUGUUGAGCUUAGAACUCUAAAAUACUGCAUGCUCAGCCGUCCUGGUAGGGGAUCCCUCUAAGACCUGGCCUACCUAAAGGUUUCUUCCUCUUAUCCUGAGAAAGCUUUUUUGGGGGAGUUUUUCCUGACAUGCUUGGAGGGUCGAAAGGCUGACGGUGCCAUAUACCCCAGAUUUUUUUUCUGA